UGAUGCGUAUGACUUAAUUUUCAUAUUAUAUUUAUCUACGCAUUUGGAAAUUGCAUAGACAGGUCCUAGGUUGUGCAUAUACUGUUAUUGAAUACAUUAACCUAGGAGAAAAAGUUUAAAAUUCCAAUUCACCCCCCCUCUUGGGAAUACACAAAUUCUAACAAUUGGUAUCAGAGUUUCGUUGUACUUGACUUAAACGUUUUUGUAAAAAGAUGGCAAUGGCUCACAUUGGUGUAUCCCCAUUCGUUGAGGGACAGUCACUUUUCAGGCCUCCAGUAUUUUGUGGUGUCGACUACACCAUAUGGAAAGUUAGAAUGACCAUAUUUUUGAAAUCCAUGGACUGGAGGAUGUGGCUUGUGACUACCAAAGGAAGAUGUGCACAAAUAAAUGAGACUGAUUUUAAUAUGAUUAAUUCUAAUGCCAUGAACAUGUUAUAUCUUGCGUUAGAUUCUGAUAUCUUUGUUGAGUUUGUGGUAUAUCAGACUGCACAGGAAAUCUGGGAUGAAUUAAAAAAGCAAUAUGAAAAAUCCCAGAAAACAGAGAUGGUAACUCCUCCAGAUGAUCAAGAGGAGGUAAUUCAUGAGCUAGACAUCAACGACGAGGAAUCAAGAAUGAUAAGAUCAAGAUGUACACAAAGCAAAGCUUGAAAGCCAAAUCAUAUUUUUUGUAAUAUAUCUAUAUUGGUCUGUAAUAGUAAUUAGGGCAUUUGGUUUGUAAUAAGCUCACACACAUCACACGUAUGAUUUAUUAUGUAAGCUCAAAUCGAACCAUGAAUGAGAAAGGACCGUAGAAAGACCUUAGGGUGCACCUUCGGUCGACCGACACCGAACUUUUUUGGUGUCUUCAAAUUGGACCCCAAGUGACCUUAGGACACGCACAUAUUUUACAUAUGUUUAUUAGGCACUUGAAUAAGACUUAUUUGGGUCGAUACGGGACCGAAAUGCACACUUGGUGUACUUUCGGUCGAUCGGCCAAUUCAGUUCAAUUUGGCCCGGUCGACCGAACUGGCCCUGGGUCAACAAUUUGACCAAGGCCCAGUCGACCGAGACCAUGUAGUUCAUUUGACCCCGGUCGACCGAACCACCUGGAAGUCAACUUUUUGACCUCUCGGUCGAUCGAGCACUUUUGUACUUCAACUACCUGGUCGACCAAAGGGUCGUGGGAGAACUCCCAACGGUCUGGUCGACCGAGCCCUUCAGUUCAAAAUAGCCCCGAUCGACUGAACCUCGGAAAUUUAGGAAAUCGCCCUUCCUCGGUCGACCAACCACUCAGUUCAAAACACCCCUGGUCGACCGAGCCAUUUGAGUCCUGGUCGACCGAACCACUUUUGGUCUACCGGACCUCUCGGGUUGCUCCCAUUUUUACCGUGGUUAAUAUUUUUCUAAACAGGGUUAAAAUACCUUAAACGUUAUUAAACUUUUCUAAUAAUACUUAAUAGGUCCCCAACGUCAUAUUUUCUCCUUUGCCUAUAUAUAUGAGUUCAUUUGAGAAAAUUAAUAAGACAUUAGCCACUUUGAUUAGGGAAAAUUCUUUGAAAAAUCAAAAUCUUAUAAUAUUCAGUUUAUUACUCAAACCACUCAUAUUUGUCUUCUAUCAUUGCCUACAUAUUUUGUAAGUUGAUUGAGUGUUUUGUUUAAAAGGUUUGCUCUCCUUAUGCUACUUGUUUGACACGAUUUUCUUGAGAGCCAAACCUAAGGAUUCUUAGGAGGCUUUUGCUAAUAAGCAUUUCCUAAGAAAACCUUGUUAGAUCUUCUAAGCUUGCACUUUCAUUGCAAGAUCUUGAAAAGAGUGUAUUUGUUUUUGUUUGCAAAAACUUUUCAAACACUUCCAAAUAUCUAUUGUACUUUUAUAUUGCAAAAUACUUUGAACAGAUAUUUGCUUGUGUGAUUGUGAUCUUUGUUGCAAUAUUCUUUCAUUAAUAUAUUAUUUGCUGAAUACAAAGAUUACAUGUCUUUUGCAAACCAAGCAUAUACAUUGUUUAAUACUUACAUGCUUGAGAUAUCUUAAUGAUUGAAAUACAUAAGACUUGACAUCUUUGUGUGAACCUAUUUGUUGAAUAUCUUGUGAUACAAAGAUUGUUUGUUUGACAUUCUCACGUACUCUUUACACCGAUAGAAAAUACCUUUGAGAGUUGAAUCAUCUAGACCACAUUGAGCUUACAAAUUAUUUCAUAUUUGUGGUGUAUAUUAUUGCGCGAAUUUGGGUACAUAUCUGCUUUACUUGAAAGCACAAUCACUGUACCAUUUCAUUGUAAUACACUUUGGUUGUAUUU